AUGAAAUUAUUAGACAACGCAUUAGACUAGGACACCCCUGAUGUAUAUUAUGAAUCAACCAGUCGAUAUUUCUAAUUAAUACUGUUCUUGGGAGCUUUGGUUUCUAAUAUCAUGUUUGGAUUUUCGUUAUCUCCAAUCACAAAAGAAAUUUCAUCCAUAUAUGGAGUUUCCUAAACGUGGCUCUAAUUGUUGAGUGUGAGCUUUACCCUAUUCUCAGCAAUCAUGAUUAUUCCAGGGAAUAUAUUAAGCGAAAAAUACGGAAUAUAAUAUAAUAUCAAAUUAGGUUGCCUUCUCACAUUUAUUGGAUCAUUAAUGGCAUUGCUGGUCAAUUACUCAUUCUGGUGGCUCUACUUGGGCGAAUUGGUAUCUUUGGUUGGAUUCCCGUUCCGUUUGAUCUCUGCAUCCAAAUUCACAGCUAAUUGGUUUUAUCCAAAGAACAGGAUAAUCAUCAUGGUUAUCAUAGCUCUUCUUUUCAAUUCAAGCACAGGGAUCUCCAUAAAGAUCCCCCUAUUCAUAUUUGGAGACUACGAUGUCGAACUAGAUGCCUUAAACAAUUAUUCCUAAGGCAGAACCUACGUCUUUUAAUUGAUGGCCUUUCUCUCAGGAAUAAUGUUUAUUACGACAGUCCCAGCUUUAUUUUUCUUCAAGGCUAAGCCUAAACAUCCGCCUUCCUAUAGUGCAUCAGAAUAAUGUGUAAGAGAGAAUUACACCAAAGCUGCAAGGAUGUUGAUAAAGAAUCCUGAUUACUUGAAAUUGGCAUUUGCAUUCUCAUUAAUAUUGGGGCCGGUCUUGUUACUCACAGUGCAAAUGGAGUUUGUUGUUAAACCUUUUGGAUAUAAUUUGGAAUAAAUUUCUAAUGUUAUUUUAGUUGGAGUGAUCGCAGGGCUGAUUGGAGAUGUUGUUGUUGGAUCCUUUGUGAAGAAGCUAGGUAAAUACAAAAUCGUAUUGCAAAUCUGCAAUGCCUCAACUACCUUUUUCUAUGGUUUCCUCAUACUAAGUCUAGUUAUCAAAGCCCAUUGGCUAUUUUACAUUUGCUAUUUCUUUGUCUGUCUCUGUUCAAGUAUUUUAGCAUUGACAUUUGAAUUUUCAUGUGAAAUCAGUUUCCCAGUAAGCGAAACCUCUACUAUUGCAUAUUUAGGAUUGGUUGGAAAUGGAUUCAACUUUCUAUAAGCUAUCCCCGAAAUUCUUAUACUAUAAAUUGGCACAGAGCUCACUUCGAUUGUUACUUUGAUAAUCAUGUUUGGAAUAGGGUUGUUUGGCAAUUUUAUAUCCUAUUCUAUAAAUGAAAAACUGAAAAGACAAUAAGUGGAUAACCUUCAUGAUACGAAGUAAAACUUGGAAUCGCAAUGCGAUACUGACUGAUUUAUUUGUACAUUAACAUAUUUUAAUUAUAUAAAAAUAUACACUUACCAAA